AUGUCUUACCUCUUAGACCUGCAGGUGAAGGAGGAUGCUGUAGGGAAUCAGAAUCAGACUAAAGUGACCUGCAGCACCUCCUGCAGUUUGGGCUCUCAGUAUGUCUGGUACAAGAAUGGACAGACUCUACGAGGCAAAACCACAGCCUCCAUACUACUGGACUCAACCAGACCCUCUGAGGAGGGAAGUUACUCCUGUGCUGUGAAAGGUCACGAGGGUCAUCGCUCCCCUGCAGUGUGGCAGGGGCAGGGUUUCCCUGGAUUACCUGGAGUCAACAUCUCUGUUACAGCUCUGCAGGUGUGCAUAACUCCUGAAGCAGUGGCAGAGGGACAGAGAGUGACCCUCACCUGUAAUACUACCUGUAGACUGAGUAAUGAUCCCACCUUCAUCUGGUACCAGAAUAGACAGACUGUGACCUAUAAACACACAACCAGAGACAAGCUAUAUCUAAACCCAGUCAGCAGUGAGGAUGCAGGCAAUUACUCCUGUGCUGUUAGAGGACAUGAGAGUCUCUCAUCAACUGCUGUCUUUCUCAAUGUGCGAUACUCACCAAGGAAAACCUCAUUGUCUAUUAGUCCUGGUGGAACAGAGGGGGGAACUUCAGUGACUCUGACCUGCAGCAGUGAUGCCAACCCACCAGUGCACACCUACACCUGGUAUCUGAAGAAUGGAACUGAAUAUGUUGUUAGGGGCACAGGGGAGAGCAUCAGCUUCAAUGUGACGUCUGAUACCAGUGGACUUUACUACUGUGAGGCACAGAAUGAACUUGGCUCUCAGAACUCUACUGAUGCUGCAGUUCCUUCUAAAGGCUCAGAAGCUGUUAUGAUACUGCUGGUCACUAUAUCCAUCGUUCUUGCUCUGCUGCUAGUUGGAAUUGUGUUCUUGAGGAAGAAGAAAGCUAAAAUCACAGCAGUCACAAGGUCCACAGAUGCUAACAUGCAGAGUGACUCAGGUCUCCUGAACAGCAACGUUACAGUAAGAGCCACGACUUCUGACCCCACACAAAGAGUGACCACACAUGAUCAAGAUGAUCAGUAUGCCAGCAUUAAGUUAAAUCGCUCCUACAGACAGGAAGGGCCUCUACACUCCAUUUUCCAGAAGCCUCAAACCUCUGCACAGGAUGACGUUGUCUAUGCUUCAGUCCAGUUCCACAGAGGGAGUGCUGCCACCAGAGCUAAGGAUGACGAUGUGAACUAGUACAGUCCACAAACCCUGACCAGCCAGGGAAACAGCAGACCAGAAAUACUCUCAGGUUUUCACAGCUGUCCAUUGGAAACAGUCCGUUCAUG